AUGCAGACACAGAAGGAUGACAGCCCAGGUUUUCGUGGACAGGCUGGACCUGGCCUCGAUCAGCCGUUGCCUCAAUUUUCUUACCAAGUUUUCAGUGAUACCACUGAGUCUCCUGGCAAGGGCCUCACAUCAAUCCUAGGCACCCAAAGUGAUUCCAUAGCUUCCAGGUUCUCCAGCACUGUUGGAGGAGGUAGCGAGCAAAAGGCUUUUAGGACAAAUAUGCAAUCCCGGCUGGCCAGUAUCCGUGACGGAAUGGAGCGCAUGACAAGUUUCAUGAAGCCCACUUCUGCGUCUUCUGCCUCAAUCUGCAGCCAGCAGGGAAUUUGCGCAAGGUAUUGGCUGAUUACGCCCUGCUUGUUCAUCAUCCUCAUUCUGGUCAUCACUGCACAAUGGGGCAUACUGGCUCACUGGAAAGCAACUCGUGAAGGUCAGUGCAUAACCAAGGCCUGUCUGCAAUCCGCCGCUCAACUACAAGGCGCUCUGAACAAUUCAAAGGACCCUUGCGACAACUUCUUCGCCUACGCCUGCGGCCAUUACUACCGACCACUUGAGGCGGAGCCACCGACCAGCCAAGACAUGCAUAAAGCAUUCUCAUUCAGUUCAUUGAUACCACUGCUUGGAGGGCUAUGGCUGUUCGACAAGAAUGCGACAAAUGAAACUGGCACACUAGGCAACACUACAGCCUGGCCGACCUAUUUCCUGGAGCAGCGCUAUGGGUCGGUGGCAUGGGAGAAUAAUAGUCUUAAAGCCAACUGGUCGUGGCACAAAGCCGCUAGCAAGCUUAACCUCAAACUUACCUCUUCGCCUUUCUGGAAGCUCUCUCUGCUGCAAACAACCAAGUCCAAGCCACCCGUGAUUCAGCUCGUCCCUAUAAAGCGUUAG